CACGUUCGUAGCAAUCUUGGCCGAUCCACGAAGGUCAUACCUGUCAAAUCGGUGUUACAUUUGAACAGAGGAGUUACAAUAACAAUUAUUGAAACGAUUUGUCAGAAAGGUGUUAUUGAGCUCACAUUUUACAAUUCAAAUGCUGUACAGAAGAAAUCUCAUGGAACAAAAAAGUGUAUGAGAGACAAUGGCAAAGCUGACCAAAUGGAGGUAGACAUCUGA